GAGCAUCCCGUCGAUUGCGUCGUCUUUCGAAGAACUCCCAACUCUCUUCCGCUCGAUUUGCUGUGUUCUUCCAAAUUUUUCCUCUCUUCAUUUCUUCAAGUUCAUUCUCUUAUAUACACCUUCAGCCCAAAGGAAGAAUCCGUGCUUGAAUUUGUGAGUACUAGUAGUUCGAUUCUUCUUAGAAGACUUAUCAUGGGAGUGGGCAUAUCAUUCUUGAUCGGAUUGAAGGCCGCAGCUUUAUUCCUGUUCUUCGCGUUCCUCAGGAGCUUCGGCUUCGCAUUGUCGUCCCUACCUUUCUUGUACGCGUCUCUCGUGUCUUUGCUCGUCUCGCUCGCUUCCCACCCAUCGAUCAACCUCCCCCUGCUUCUGGGCAAGACCCCAGAUGGGUGUUUCCCCAUCUGGUCGAUCAUCAUCUUCAGUCCUUACUUGUACUUCGUCAGGGCUUUCUCCGCAAUCAGGAGGCUGAGGAGUGGGGAGGCUCCGUACAGUGAGAUCUGCGAGGGCGUGUAUGUUGGCGGGUGGCCUUCUUCUCUCGAUAAGUUGCCUCCCGGCGACCCCGCGAUCGUUGACUGCACUUGCGAGCUCCCGCGGCGGCCGGAGUUGCGCGGGCACCCGUAUUUAUGCGUCCCGACCUGGGAUACUCGGUCGCCGGGGCCAGGGGAGAUCGAGUCCGCAGUGAAGUGGGCUUGUAGGAAGAGGGCACAGGACAGGCCUGUGUUCAUUCAUUGUGCCUAUGGUCACGGAAGGAGUGUGGCGGUAUCAUGUGCUCUGCUAGUGGCUCUUGGGGUUGCAGAAGACUGGAAAGUUGCCGAGAGGAUAAUCAAGGAGAGACGUCCUUAUAUUCAGAUGAAUGGGCUCCACAGGAAGGCAUUGGAAGAAUGGUCAAAGCACCGGUUGUCUACUCCCAAGAACAACAGAAAUUGAGACACAAGAUCUGCUCUCCUCAGGUGAAUCUAAUCAUUCUUGAUCGGACACGUCCGAAUACACAGGACAAAAUCUUGUUUGGGAGCUUUUUCCAGUUAAAUUCGUGCUAUCAUAGAGUCUCAUCUGUGACAGUUAGCGUCUCUCCAAUUGCGUUGGAAAUAUACUCUCCCACCGUUGGAGCGGCUUUGCGAUGACAUUAUCAA